ACUUCUAUGUUAUAUGCACCUAUGACUUCUGUGUUAAAUGUAUAAUCAGGAACAAAAUGACUGAUGUAUAAUUGAAAUAAUAUCUGAAAAUAAUAUUUAAUAUUGAGACUAAAUAGUCGAAUAGAUCCCUUGGUUGCGCGCUCCAUAAUGCUAUACAAACCCAUGCGUUUUUUUCUCAAACUGAAUAUACGAGGGAGCAGCUCUGAGAUAAGGCAGAGUACGUGGCUCCAGGAAUUCAUCACGGGUAUUUACCAGUGACGGGCUAAGUAUACUCAGAUAGUCUGAAUAUAUAUUUCAAUUGGUCAAAAUAUACAUAUAUAUUUACUAAAACAUACAAUACAUGACAAAUGGUGACCCCGACGUGAUCUGGUAAAAGUACAUCGCUGGACAUUGGUGUGCCAGCCGAUUGGCCAGUACUGUCGUCGGACGGUGUGUCUCACAAAUCCUGACCGGUCAACUAAAAAGGGUAAGCAGACACCUGUUGUGAAAAACUAAAGUUCUGCACAUUGGAGUUAUCCAAAUUUAGUUUUGUGAGACACCUGUUUGAUGUAAGUUACUAAAUUUAAACUAUUAUGAUGUGUGAGAUUGGAAAAUAGUUGAGAAAGUAAUAUCUCCAUUGGCAACUGCAAUUUUAUUAUUGAUCAACCAUACUUAAUGGUGCAUUGUGUAUGGGAUGUACUAGUAUGCCUGGCUGGUAGGUGGUAACAGAGAACACUUACUACAUGUAUGAAUGAUGGGUAACGGGUGGCCACCAAAGCUUGAAUGGAUAGUCUGGGACUACAUGUAUGAAUGGUGGGUAACGAGUGAUCACCAAAGUGCGAAUAGAAAGCCAUAUGAUGUGAACGUGAUGUACUAGGCAGGGCCAAGUGUGAAUGACGGAUAUUUAAAUUGAUUACUCUGACUUGAGACCGAUUUAGCCUUCGGGAAAGGGUCUCUCUAAGGUCCUAACAAAGCAUAGGUGUGUGUGAAGUACAUUGGGUAGUGAAGUAAAGGGGAUAAUCCGGGGGACACUAGACUUCUUAAUACCCUAGGGGACCCACAGUGCAUAAUUGAGUUCUUACUGUAGACAUAAUUGGGGGCCGAUUUAGCCAUAGGGAAGGGGUACCACUUGGGUUUUAGUAAAGGCGUGGGUUGUUGGCAGUAUUGUAGUAUACAUAAAAUGUCGUUGGAAAUAGAAAAGGUGUUGAGAACGCUGAAGUCCACUCUAGAAUUCAAUGAAGGCAGAGAGGGCAAGGAGUGGAGGAGACGGGGUGAGAAGCUGUACAGAGAAUGGACAGAAGGCGGGGCUAUUGCAUCUCCUACUGGUCUGCUUGCUGGGGAGAAUGAAGAUUUGUGUGUGUAUGGUGUAAAUUGAAGCUUACUGGCGUAAAUGAAGAUUGUGAGACUCAAAUCGUGUGCAUGAAAUACGCUUGAUAUUCAGUCGGGGACUAAUAUCGGUAUGAAUGAGGUCGGGGACCAAGAGAGUGUGGUACAUUAGGUAUUUCAGUUGGAGCUGGUACCGGUGAGAAUGUUGAAAAAGUCGCAGGCUUGCUGAUGAGAGUUAUAUCAUAGAAUAUUGGGGGGUGUGCAUGACUGUUGGAAAAGGUGUUCAACUCUAUUAACGUAAAAUUCUGUGUGUAGAGUUAUAUUAUGAGGUUUGAACUAUACUAAUAUUGUGGAAUUACAUAAUCAACAUCUGAACAUACUUACGUUAAACAUUAAUUGAGCCACUGAGUAAUAGAUAAGAUAUACACUAGGUACGGGGCGACGGGUGUGGUCGAUGUAAGACGGAAGUGGUGUUCUAACCAAGUGCUGAGAAAUAAGGUAGAUUUAUUUUGUUCUUUUAAUUAAUUUACACAAGUACUUCCCGGUUAUUGAUUUUGAUUUGAUUGUUCAGAUAACACCACUGAAAUUAAACAGGAGGUUAAGGUAUACUAACAUUAGAAUCUGUUUUCAUUAUGGGGAACAAUGGAAGGCCCGCAGAGGGGAUUGCAGGCUGAGGUUUUUAUGUUAAAGGGACAGUGCACGUUUAUCACAGUUCACAGUUUAAAACAUGAAACAUCGAGACAAAUUAUUUGAGUUUGAGGGGAUUAUCAUAAUUAUUAGGUUUUGUUUUUGUAGUAAACGUUUGGGUUAAGGGGAUUUCCACGUUCCCAGAGACAUGGUAUUUUGCAGAUAGGGGAAAAGGCAGACGGAGGGGCCCUCCCCCGCACUGCAGAGACCUUGAAGGUUGGAGAGCAGAGGAGAGGUUUUGGAAGGGGGGCCAGGACAGGCAAAGAUAGCAGUUGCUGAGUGGAGACAGGGGAGAGAGUUGGACAUGUGGAAAAUGAUGGGGGCGCUCCUUCAUGAUGAUGUCAGACAUAAGGAUAAUAUACUAAUCUUACCUAAGUCAUGAUUUAGAGUAGGUAAGGUUGAUACCUGGGCAGAGCCAGGUAUCAAAAGGGGGAUGGGUAAAUUGUGGUCUAGGAUAGGAUGGGGCCUAUUGGAUAAGAAACUAAUAAUUAAAAAAAAAUGUAAGCUAACAAUUGAGCAUAGAAGUUAAAGAUAUAAUCAGAUAAAACAUGAGAAAUUGUUUGUUAACCAAGCCUGUAUGUCCAGGAUUUUAUGCAUUACAGGUGAACUACAGGUGAAGUCACUCAAUCCAGUCCCAGAGGCUUGGGGACCAUAGAAGACCCCUGGUGACAGCUAGCUGAAAGAGCUACCCAGAUUCAUAUCGCACGGCGGGAGGGUAAGACACUUUUUCACUGUCGGACAUUAAACAGUGUUCGGGAGAAGAACUGGAAUUAACAGAAUUCCGGGGGCCAUCUCUCGAAUGAAGUAACCCUCCCUGUCCUGUCACCCCUGUUUUUGUUCAUAGAAGUGAGGAUGUGUCUGGCUCUGGCUAAGUGAUGUGUAUUUUGUUCCAAAAUAAGCAUAAGAGAUCCCUAGAUCUGGGUAGACAGGAAGUUAUUGUAGAGAUUACAUGAUAACCGAUUUCGGACAGUUCUAAGGAUUGGAGAAGAGGGUAUCCUUAUAGCAUAGGGGAUCCCAUAAAGGUGGAUAGGUUUUCCAUGAUAUGGGGAAACCUGGGAGCAAUGUUGAACUUUGUAAAGGUGAUGAAAUCCUACUAACCAUCAAAACUAUUAAGCUCUCUGAUGCAGGCACUCACACCCUUGGACUACAAAGGUCGAGGACAGACAUGAUGGGUGUGUUUUCUAUUAAGGUACUGCCAAGACCAGAGGUAACCGGACACACUCCUCUACCACCACUGUGUUAAAAAUACCAUUCAGGUAAUUAAUGUUAGAGACUAUUCGGCUAUUGAUCAAUUAGGAACUGAGACUGGUUUUGAUGGUAGGGACAAUUUGUGGCUGUCUUAUAUGAGGUACACAGCUAAAACCCUGAGAAGAAAGGACUGCAUUAUUUGUAGUCAUGCUAGACCUGUUCUGGCUACACACCCAUUUGCUGUGGGAGAAGGAGAGGGGUGGUUGUGUAUUCUGAGAAGUUUUUACCAGGUUAAGCCCAAUUCAACCCUCUGUUCCUCUUUGAGCCUUGUGUUUCCUGCAGUACCUCCUCAUCGGGCCUCUUGGGGUGUUGGGGCAUAUGGGGGAAAUUACAAGUGCAUCACGGGUACAGGUAAUGGCAUUAAUUAUGGGAGAUUGCCUGAAGCUGAUUGCAGUAGUAACAUAACCAUUAAUUCCACUUGGCCAGUUACAGGCCUAAACCAAACUAGUGGUCUGGCUGAUGUGUGGUGGAUGUGUGGAGCCAAAAGAGUGCUGAGACCCAUUCUUGGAGGAGAAUGGCAAGGUACGUGUGGUCUGACCAGUUUGAUAAUUCCACUGACCAUUGUUGAUGUUGCUGCUGAACAGCUGUUGGGUUCUGUAUCCAGGGGACCUGAAAACAUUCCAUCCCAUGGGAGACAUAGAUGUAGUGCUCCAUGGACAGAGGAUGUAGUUGACAUACACACGAACCUGUUGGGAGUGCCAGUGGGGGUUCCUCAUGAGUUUCAGGCCUUGGGUAGGAAUGAUGGACUCUGGCACUUACUACCUAUUAUGGGUCCAGCCAUAGUGGAUGCUAGACAGACUGCAUGGAUUAAUUAUAUCUACUAUAAUCAACAGCGUUUUGUGAAUUACUCCCGUGAUGCACUCACUGGUAUGUCUGAACAGCUUGGGGCCACAUUUGGGGUUUCCAGACGGAAUACCCUUGCCUUGGACAUGCUUCUUGCCAGUCAGGGGGACGUCUGCAAGAUGUUCGGUAAACAAUGUCGCACGUAUAUUCCUAAUAAUACCAGUCCAGAUGGUAGUAUAUCUAAGGCGGGCUUGAUGCACUAUCUGCUAAGAUGAGGUCCACGGGGGGGGGGGAGGAGUCUGUUCUCUUGGCCUGGUUUGGUAAGUACACUGGUAUGGUGGUUACUGGAUUUCUGACCCUAAUUCUUGUAUUAUUUGUUAUUGAUGUGAUGUGCUGUUUGCAUCAUACCGUGUUUUAAGAAAUCUGUUACAGAUAUGGUGAAGGCUUCAGGCAUGUUGCCUUUGCUUGAUGCUCCAGUUGGAGAUGCCGAUACUGAAGCAUGCUUUCAGGGGAGGAUGGGACUGACUGAGGAUGACACAUGACCGACUCAGAUUAAGUCUGAGGCCGUUAACAUCAACAGUGAGGACAAACCCAGCCUGCCUCUCUCCUUCCACACUGAGUAGAAACCUACAGUCACUGGGUCCUGAUUGUGACAGUGGAGCCCAGUUUGCUCUGCAGGAUUCAGAGAUGGCAUCAGUGAAGCUGGAAGACUGCAGUCAAACACUGGAGCUGAAUGUCAUCAUUAAAGAUGAAGAAGAAGAGGAGAAGAUUAGGACAACUGUUAGUCAUGACCGACUCAGAUUAAGUCUGAGGCCGGUAACAUCAACAGUGAGGACAAACCCAGCCUGCCACUCUCCUUCCACACUGAGUAGAAACCUACAGUCACUGGGACCUGAUUGUGACAGUGGAGCCCAGUUUGCACUGCAGGAUCCAGAGAUGGCAUCAGUGAAGCUGGAAGACUGCAGUCAAACACUGGAGCUGAAUGUCAACAUUAAAGAUGAAGAAGAGGAGGAGAAGAUUGGGACAAUUGUUAGUCAUGGGUACCAUGUUGAGACAUUCUCCACAUCCAGAGAGCAACAGCAGGAAGACCAGAGAGCUAAGAGGUCUCAUCACUGCCCACAUUGUGAAGAGAUUUUCCCAUUUCUAUCAAAGCUAAAAAUACACCUAAAAAUACACACAGGAGAUAAGCCUUUCUUCUGCCCUGACUGUGGAACUAGUUUCUCUCAGCUUUCCCACUUAAAAUCACAUGAACAUAUACAUACAGGGGAGAAGCCAUACUCUUGCUCUGACUGUGGAAAAUGCUUCACAACAUCAACAUAUCUAAAAGUUCACCAGAGAACACACACAGGAGAGAAGCCUUACGUCUGCUCUGACUGUGGGGCGAGUUUCUCUCAGCUGGGCACCUUAAAAACACACCAACUUAUACACACAGGAGAGAAGCCUUACGUCUGCUCUGACUGUGGGGCGAGUUUCUCUCAUCUGGGCAACUUAAAUACACACCAACGUAUCCAUACAGGAGAAAAACCUUACUACUGCCCUGACUGUGGGGAGAGAUUCUCUCAAAAGACCAACUUAAAAGCACACCAACAAAUACAUACAGGAGAGAAGCCUUACUUCUGCUCUGACUGUGGGAAGAGUUUCUCUCGCCAGAGCAACUUAAAUACACACCAACUUAUACACACUGGUGAGAAGCCUUACUUCUGCUCUGACUGUGGAAAAUGCUUCAAAACAUCAACUGAGCUAAAAGUUCACCAGAGAACACACACAGGAGAGAAGCCUUACGUCUGCUCUGACUGUGGGGCGAGUUUCUCUCAUCUGGGCAACUUAAAAACACACCAACGUAUCCAUACAGGAGAGAAGCCUUACUACUGCUCUUUCUGUGGAAAACGUUUCUCCCAAUUAGGUACCUUGAAAUCACAUGAACUUAUACAUACAGGAGAGAUCCUUACUCCUGCUCUGAAUGUGUAAAAUGCAUCAAAACAUCAACUCAUCUAAAAGCUCAUCAGAGAACACACACAGGAGAGAAGCCUUAUUCCUGCUCUGACUGUGGAAAACGUUUUAAAACAUCAAAUGAGCUAAAGGUUCAUCAGAAGACUCACACAGGAGAGAAGCCUUUCUUCUGCUCUGACUGUGGUAUAUGUUUUGAAACAUUAGGUUAUAUUAAGGUUCACCAGAGAACACACACAGGAGAGAAGCCUUACAUCUGCUCUGACUGUGGGGCGAAUUUCUCUCUGCUGGGCAACUUAAAAACACACCAACGUAUACACACAGGAGCGAAGCCUUAUUCCUGCUCUGACUGUGGAAAAUGUUUGUGAACAUUAUAUGAGCUAAAAGUUCAUCAGAGAACACACACAGGAGAGAAGCCUUACGUCUUCUCUGACUGUGGAAAAUGCUUCAAAACAUCAAGUUAUCUAAAAGUUCAUCAGAGAACACACACAGGAGAGAAGCCUUAUUCCUGCUCUGACUGUGGAAAACAUUUAAAACAUCAAGUGAGCUAAAGGUUCAUCAGAAGACUCACACAGGAGAGAAGCCUUUCUUCUGCUCUGACUGUGGGGCGAGUUUCUCUCAGCUGGGCACCUUAAAAACACACCAACGUAUACACACAGGAGCGAAGCCUUAUUACUGCUCUGACUGUGGAAAAUGUUUUAAAACAUCAAAUGCGCUAAAAGUUCACCAGAGAACACACAGGAGAGAAGCCUUACUUCUGCUCUGACUGUGGGAAGAGUUUCUCUCACCAGAGCAACUUAAAAACACACCAACGUAUACAUUAACUUCAUGUGGGUACCUGGGACGGUUGCGUCCCACCUGGUCAACAUCGGUGAAAUUGCAGAGUGACCGAUUCAAAUUUAAUUACUAUAAACAUUUACAUUUCAUGAAAUCACAAGUGUAAUACAUCAAAAUAAAGCUUAACUUGUUAAUCUAGCCGCCAUGUCAGAUUUCAAAAAGGCUUUAAGGCGAAAGCAAACCAUGCGAUUAUCUGAGGACGGCGCUCAGCACACAAAACAUUACAUACAGUUACCAGCCAAGUAGACUAGUCACGAAAGUCAGAAAUAUAAUGACCUUCAUAUGGUUGCACUCACAACACUCCCAGUUACACAAUAAAGGUUCAUUUUGUUCGAUAAAGUCCCUCUUUAUAUCUUGAAACCUCCAUUUUGUUGGCACAUUUUGUUCUGUAAUCCAAUGGCUCAAAUGCGGUCACAAGAGGCAGACGAAAAUUCCAAAUAGUAUCCGUAAAGUUUGUAGAAACAUGUAAAACUAUGUUUAUAAUCAAUUCCCAGGUUGUUUUAGCCUAAAUAAUCGAUAAUAUUUCAACUGGCAACAUUGUCGUCAAUAUAGAAGAAAAACAAGAAAGGUGCGCUCUGCAGGACCCAGCUCUGGGGACAUCCCACUAUCCACUGACUCAAUGUGGUCAUUCUCCCUCAUUUUUCAGAAUACAAGCCUGAAACAAUGUCUAAAGACUGUUCACAUCUAGUGUUAGCCAUAGGGAACAGAAUCUGGGUCUUAUCCCUUUAAAUGGUGGAUAGGCUUUCAUUGGAAAAACAGCCAUUUCUAAAUAAUGGCACUUCCUGGAUGGAUUUUCCUCAUGUUUUUGCCUGCCUUUUCAGUUCUGUUAUACUACAGACAAUAUGUUUUAAGUUUUAGAAACUUUGGAGUGUUGUCUUUCCAAUUCUACUAAUUGUAUGCAUUUCCUAGCUUCUGGUCCUGAGUAGCAGGCAGUUUACUUUGGGAACGCUUUUAAUCCGGAGGUGAAAAUAGUGACCCCUACCCUCGUGAGGUUAAGGAGAAAAGCCUCAUCGGUUCUCUGAUCAGCUAAGAAUAAAGUCACUCCAUCACUUAAUUCUCAUCUCAUAAAAGAAGUUGUAAUUGGAUCAAAUGAAGAAAGCGUAGAACACUGUAAUCCGAUUGGUUCUCACUGUGAGAGAACUGUGCAGAGGAGAGGGAGCGUUCUAGAUUUUAGCCUCUCUUUACUUUACCAAUCAGUGUGCACCUUGUCAGAGUGUUUGAAUCUCAUCACUUGGCAACUACUUACUACUUUUUAGCUAUUACUUAGCAUGUUAGCUACCCUUUCUCCUAAACCCAUUUAACUCUAUCUUAAACCCCUCACCCCUAACCAAGCUAACGUUAGCAACAACAAAUUGGAAUUCGUAACAUAUCAUACAUAUUACAAGUUCGUAACAUAUUGUAUGAAUAACAAUGCGUAAAAUAACAUAAGAAUUGUAAUUCUUAACAUACGAUACGUCCUGCAAGUCGUAUUAUACUGAACAACAAUCUAAACGUAACAAUUUCAAAGAUUUACAGUUUGUAUAAGGAAAUCAGUCAAAUGAAAUAAAUGAGGCCCUAAUCUAUGUUAGUUUACAUUACAUUGGACCUCCAAUAUAAACUAAACAUGUAAAGUGUUGGUUUCAUGAGCUGAAAUAAAAAGAUCCAGCACAAAAAGCUAAUGUCUCUCAAAUGUUGUGCACAACUUUGUUAGUGAGCAUUUCAGCCUUUGUCAAGAUAAUCCAUCCACCUGACAGGUGUGGCAUAUCAAGAUGCUGAUAAAACAGCAUGGUCAUUACACAGGUGCACCUUGUGCUGGGGGACAAUAAAAGGCCACACAACACAAUAUCACAGAUGUCUCAAGUUCAGGGAAUUUGCCAUUCUCAUGAUGACUGCAGGAAUGUCCACCAGAGCUGUUGCCAGAGAACUCAAUAUUUAUAUCUCUACCAUUAGCCACCUCUAACGUCCUUUUAGAGAAUUUGGCAGUACAUCCAACCGGCCUCACAACUGCAGAUCACAUGUAACCACGGCAGCCCAGGACCUCUUCACCUGCAUGAUUGUCCGAGGUGGUGGCACCCCACCAUUGGGGUGCCAGGACAGAGAAGUGCUUUGACUGGGCUGAGAGGGAGCUUGACCUCCUGUAGCAGUGGGACUGCCAUGAGACCAGAGGUAGCAGAACUGAGUGCUCGGGUUGGGAUACAGGGUUUGAGCCUGAAGGUAGAGAUGUGGCAGUUCCUCUUGCUUCACCGUGAGUAAACACCAUUGUCUUGUAGUGGAUGUGAGCUUCGACUGGAAGCAAGUGGAAUGUACGGAGGAGCAGGGUGACAUGGGGGAACUUGGGAAGGUUAAACACCCAGAUGGACUGCAGUGUUCUAGAUAAGUUCAGUGGCGACCCAUCAUUCAGGGCAGGUGAGCCACCUGUUUUGAGCCCCACAGUUAUAGCGAUAAAGUGUGAAAAAAAUGAUCUGUUUGCAACCAAUGUAAAAAAACAACAACUUAUAAUUGAGUUAUUAAUAAAUCCUCAAACAAAAA